AUGGCCCCUAACAUCAAGAAUGUCGCCAUCGCAGGAGCCACCAGCACUACCGGCGUGCCCAUCUUAGCCGCCCUCCUCGCCAGCAACCUGUUCCACGUCACUGUCCUUACCCGUAAGGGCUCCAAACACAUCUUUCCAGAAGAGGUCAUUGUCAAGCACGUCGACUACACCUCCAUCCAGGACCUUACCGCCGCCCUCCGUGGCCAAGACGCGCUUAUCAACACGACUAAUAUCAUCGAGCCCGUUCCUCAAUUCAACCUUAUUGAUGCGGCCGUAGCGGCAGGCGUGUAUCGCUACCUCCCCUCCGAAUACGGCCUCAACAACAACAAGCCCGCCAUCGGCGAGCUUCCCGUCUUCAAGGCCGCGUAUGAUGCGCUGCAGCAUGUGAAAGAAGUGUGCGCUGCCUCGGGCGGGGCGACGACGUAUACGGACGUUCACAUUGGCGGUCUGCUCGACUGGGGGAUUAAGACGGGGUUUACGGGAAUUGCACUGCAGGAGCGGGUUGUCACGCUGUAUGACGGGGGGGUAAAUGAGAUUGCGUAUACGACGAGGGAGUGGCUUGGCAAGACAGUUGUGCAGGUACUUUCAAGCCCGGGGGAGACAGCCAAUCAGGCGGUAUAUGUUGCGAAUACGUAUGCAAGCCAAAACAGGCUGGUUAGGUUGGUACAGGAGGUGGUGGGUGAUGAGGGGUGGACUGUGGAGCGGAAGGAUACGGAGGAGAUGUUUGCGGCGUCGAUGGGAAAGGUUGAGUCAGGCGAGGCUGAUAUGCAUACUCUGCUGAACUUUAUCCAUGUGGCGGAUAAUAAUCCCAAGUACGAGACUAGAUGGGAGAAGGAUGAUAACGAGCUGCUUGGAGUCCCUAGGUUUCUGGAUAAGGAUAUUAAGGAUGUCAUUAAGCGCUUAAUUACCAAUAACUAA